AUGUCUUUUAUUUGGGGAUAUAACAAGGACAAUGGACCAGAUACCUGGUAUAAACAUUUUCCAAUUGCCAAUGGAAAGAAGCAGUCUCCUAUUGAUAUUCAGAUCUGGAAUGCCAAGUUUGACAGUUCCCUGAAGCCUCUGAAUUUUAACUACAGUGCCUCAACAGCUAGGAGAAUUGUCAACAAAGGUCACUGUUUCGAAGUAGAGUUCGAUAGUUCUAUUGACAAAUCAGUACUAAGUGGAGGACCUCUAACUGAAAAAUACAGGUUGACUCAAUUACAUUUUCACUGGGGUCGAAGGGAUGAUGAAGGCUCUGAGCACAGCAUUGAUGAUAUGAAAUAUGCAUCUGAGCUUCACCUGGUUCAUUGGAAUACAAAAUACAGUACAUUUUCAGAAUCAAUUCACCAAAACGAUGGAUUGGCUAUAGUGGCUGUUUUCUUGAAGGUGGGAGGUGUUCAUCCUGAACUAGAGAAAAUCAUGGAUGCCUUGGGUUCCAUUAAAAAAAGAAAUAUGUCUACUGUCUUUACAAACUUCAAUCCAGCUUGUCUCCUUCCUGAUAUCAAGGACUUUUGGACUUACCCAGGCUCACUAACCAUUCCUCCUCUUUUAGAAUGUGUGACUUGGAUUGUCUUAAGGGAACCUGUCAAUGUCAGCAAAGAACAAGUAUGUAAAUUCCGAUGUCUUUACUCCACUAUGGAGGGAGAACAUCCCAAGAAGCAUAUAAAGGAAAACUGUCGCCCACGUCAGCCUUUGCAAGGCAGGGUGAUUAGAAGGUUCUUGUUAUAA